AUGGCCUCCCUCCCACUUCCUGAGGUUCAAUCUCUUGCAGACUGCGUCUCUUUCAACCAUGCUGUGCUUCCCUUUCUGCCGCAAAUCCUCUCGCUCCCCGAACAACUGCAGCCCGUAGUGGCCGCAAAGGACGUGGACGCCUUGAAGGAGAUCUAUCUCUCUACAAACCCACUCGCCAGCGCGAUUGCCUUCACUGGUGUCCUGGCAGCGGGGUUUAUUGUCCUCUCCGAGCUCACCCGCAACUAUUCCCAGGUUGAUCGCCUGUGGAGUAUCCUUCCAGCCUUGUACAAUGUUCAUUUUGCAGUCUGGGCACGCCUGUCCGGUCUUCGCACCUUAAGCCUGGACACCAUUGCCGCGAUCUCUAUUCUCUGGAGUAUCCGCUUAACCUUCAACUUUUGGCGCAAGGGUGGCUACAGCUGGGGCGGCGAGGACUACCGCUGGUCCAUCGUCCGGUCCAAGAUUAACAAUUGUUUCCUCUUCUUCCUGUUCAACAUCACGUUCAUCAGCGUGAUCCAGCCCGCUCUCCUCCUCCUGAUCACCGUGCCAACCUACAACUUCCUCCUUCUCGCUCGCCUCCCCAACGGCGCCUCAUUCGAGCUCGCUGACCUGAUCUUCUCCCGUGUCGCCUUCUUUUUCAUCCUUCUCGAACACUUCGCCGACCAACAGCAGUGGCACUUCCAGAAGGCCAAGCAGAUCUACCAGAAGUCGGCGCGCAUCCCCGCCCCCUAUAAGGACCGGUACGACGCCGAGGACCUAGAGCGCGGUUUCGUCGUCUCCGGUCUGUGGUCGCUCUCUCGACACCCUAACUUCCUCUCCGAGCAGGCCAUCUGGCUGACUCUGUAUCUGUGGAGCGCCUACCGCACAGAGAACUACGUCCAGUGGACGGGUCUGGGCGUCGUUGGUCUUCUUCUCAUCUUCCAGGGCAGCACCCGUCUCACCGAGAACAUCAGUGCCGGGAAAUACCCGGAAUACAAGGAAUACCAGGCCCGCGUUGGUCGGUUCAUUCCGCGUUUCUCAGCAGCACCCAAGUACAAGACCACCAAGAAGAAGAGCAAGAAGGCUGUUGCCAAGCAGGAGUAA